GAUAACGUUCGUCCACCGGCGUGUAAUCGGGCGUGAGACUCAACGAUGUGAUCGUUGUGGCGGACAAUAAUUUACAGAACGUUACAGAACAUUAGCAUGAGUAUCGAGAGUAUUUGAAAUCGCGCGUUCGUCUAUUUUCUUUUUCCCUCUUUUCUUUUCUUCUCGAAAAUUACUACGCGUAGUCGCGAAGGAGCGGGGAUAAGGGAGAGGAGCGCGAGAGUGCGCGCGAGAAUGAGUCUCAAUCUGACAAAGCUAUUCUCAAAAAAGAGGAGCGGUCCCCACGUCGACACCGUGGCCGCGGAGAUUGGUCUGCCGACUAACGUCUCGCACAAAUUUCACGUGAGCAAAAAUGCCGAGACCGGGCAGCUGGAGGGUCUGCCAGACCCAUGGAUACGUCUGCUCAACACCCAGAUCUCCAAGUCAGAGCAGAACGAGCAUCCCGACGCUGCUUUGCAGGCCAUCAAGUUUUACAACUAUUCGAUCAAGCGCAAGCCGCAGGAUCAGGAGGUCUUCAAACCGUUCGUCACCCAGGAUCUGAUCGAGGAAGAGUCGCAGGAAAUCAACAACAUCCUGACAAAGAAGUAUCAUUUGGAUGAAUCUGACGAUGAUCGCUUAACUUCUGAGAGUUUGACCGACGAACAGACGUUACCCGAGCUACCGCCAAAAGUAAAUAAGCCGCUAAAACCUCCGAAACCACCAAAACCACCGAAACCGCCGAAACCGGCGCCACGCAAGUGCAAUGACAGAGUGGAGAAGACCCUCACUGAGAUACUAGAGGAUUUAAACACAUAUAGGAUCAGUAAUGAUGAGGAUGUACCGUCACGAGAAGAAGAGGAGGAAGAAAAUGUUUUGCCAAUCAGAAUAGAGGAGAGUCCUAUUCUGCGAAGGAAGACGGAGUGUACGGGUGUAAGACUCAGUGAUGAACAGGUAUAUGAGGAACUCAGGGCUAUUUGCCAACGCGGAGAUCCUAACUUGCGCUUUGAAAGAACUAAAGAGGUAGGCGCCGGUGCCUCUGGAACUGUGUUCAUAGCCACUGAUCUUCAGUACAAUCAGAAGGUAGCUGUGAAAGACAUAGAUUUGUCGAAGCAACCAAAGAAAGAGUUGAUACUAACUGAGAUCAAGAUUCUUAAGGAAUUCCAACAUCCAAAUUUGGUUAAUUUCCUCGAUGCUUACCUUGUGGACGAACAUCUUUGGGUAGUUAUGGAACUACUGGAGGGUGGGCCACUCACAGACGUUGUCACUGAGACAGUGAUGAAGGAAGUUCAAAUCGCAGCUGUCUGCAGAGAGGUCCUGAAAGCAAUAAGCUUCCUGCAUACUAGAGGCAUUAUUCAUAGAGAUAUUAAGUCAGACAAUGUGCUGUUGGGAAUGAAUGGUACAGUAAAAGUAACAGACUUUGGUUUCUGCGCGAAUAUCGACGGUGAUGAGAAACGGCAGACUAUGGUCGGCACUCCAUAUUGGAUGGCGCCAGAAGUAGUAACAAGGAAACAAUAUGGCAAAAAGGUGGACAUUUGGUCGUUAGGUAUAAUGGCUAUUGAAAUGAUCGAAGGAGAGCCACCUUAUAUGAAAGAGACACCAUUGAGGGCAUUAUAUUUGAUCGCUGCCAUUGGUAAACCGUCCAUUCCGAGGUGGGACAGUCUCAGUCCGACAUUCCAAAAUUUCUUGGAGAGAUGCCUCGCUGCAGAAGUUGAUGAGAGAGCGACUGCUGACGAGUUACUCUCUCAUCCAUUCCUAGAAAAUUGUGCGGAAUUAUCUACACUCACUCCAUUGAUCCGUGCGGCGCAAAGAAUUCUCCACAAAGCAUUUCAUUAAAUAUUUAUUUAAAAAAUUGUAGCAUUCAUAAUAUAAUUUCACGAUACUUCAUUGCUGCAUUGUUACGCUAAAUAAUGAAAAGAAGAUACUUUAUAAUUGAAAGCCUUAAAAGAAUUUCGUAAUUAUUAUUACUUCGAUUUUAACAUCUUAAACUUAUUUAA